AUGUAUCCACGUAACUUGUUAUCCUUUUGUUCCUCUGAUUUACUACAGGAUAGAAAUAACUGUGAUUGUGUAUCAAUUCCAUUGUAUCCCAUUGAAAUGUACAAGAUUGUAAUCUACGCUAUUGCAAGGGAUAAUAAUGAUACUACCAUUACUACUACUACUACUACUACUACUACUACUACUACUACUACUACUACUACUACUACUACUACUACUACUACUACUACUACUACUACUACUACUACUACUACUACUACUACUACUACUACUACUACUACUACUACUACUACUACUACUACUAUUGAUAAUAAUAGUAAUAAUAAUAAGUCAUGGAUUGGUUGA